CCAGGCUGCCAGCCUCAAAAGCAGCCGGAGAUGCCGCCGAGCCAUUCCCAGGCAGCGGCAGGAGAAGCUGUCUGUCGCCACUUCGAGGCGCAACGUGUUGCACUGGGUGACUCGGCAGCUUCUGAGCCGAUAAUGCCUGCAGCCUAUGCCUCCUCGCGGCCACCCUUCUCUCCUGGAGCAAAGCCCCCACUCCUGCCGCUGCUGGCAGCUCCACCAAUUCCAGAUGUUUAAGCGGAGACCUUAAACGACCUCUGGGCGGCGUUCAACCCAUUGCAUUCCGCUGGGGGGCUUCCUUCGCCGCUGCAAAGCGCCUUCUCCAACAGCUCGUUGCGGCGGCUACCGCGGAGGACGCUUCCUUUCGUGCAACUGCCCUUUGCAAAUCGCCCCUCUCUUCUUCGGAGAGGCGGGUGGGUGAGAUCCUGCACUAGACUUGGGGACCAAAAGGAAGUACUAUGUGAAGGCCGGAGUCUUGCCAGCCUGCCGCAGCCGGAUUUUAUUUAUUUUUUUCCCUUUACCAUCUCUGAUUUUGCCGAGUCACCCUUGCGCUCCUCUCUCGGCUUGGGAGCAGGAGAGGCGCGGGGAUUUAAAAAAAAGGACUCCCAUCAAGGUAACCGGAAAACGACAAUUCUAGUUCUGCAACAAGCUUCUUGGCCGGGACCACCUUCCUCGGCUGGGGAUCCGCUGGAUCUUCUCCUGGAUUUCGUGGAUCUCCUCCGGCCAGGCGGCGACGCUUCCCCUGCUGCAGGCAGGAGCGCCCGGGUGAGGAGCGCCGCUUAUGCAACACAUCAUCGAGAACCACCCGGACAUGGCCACGGCGCUGCUGGCGGGCGAGAAACUCAAGGAGCUGAUCCUGCCCGGUGCGCAGGACGACAAGGCGGGCUCGCUGGCGGCGCUGCUGCUGCAGCUCAAGCUCGAGCUGCCCUUCGACCGCGUCGUCACCAUCGGCACCGUCCUCAUCCCCAUCGUCCUCGUCACGCUGGUUUUCACCAAGAACUUUGCCGAGGAACCCAUAUACUGUUACACACCACACAACUUCACCCGUGACCAAGCCUUGUAUGCCAGAGGAUACUGUUGGACAGAACUAAGGGAUGCCUUGCCAGGAGUAAAUGCCAGCCGCUGGCCCUCCCUGUUUGAGCAUAAGUUCCUUCCAUAUGCCCUGCUGGCUUUUGCUGGCAUUAUGUACAUUCCAGCGCUUGGCUGGGAAUUCCUGGCCUCCACCAGGCUGACUUCUGAACUUAACUUUUUGCUCCAGGAGAUAGAUAACUGCUACCACCGAGCAGCCGAAGGCCGCGCGCCAAAAAUCGAAAAGCAAAUCCAGUCCAAAGGCCCUGGGAUUACAGAGCGAGAGAAAAGGGAAAUAAUUGAGAACGCGGAAAAGGAAAAGAGCCCGGAGCAAAACUUAUUUGAGAAAUACCUGGAGCGGAGGGGACGCAGCAAUUUCUUAGCCAAACUUUACCUUGCGCGGCACCUGUUCAUCAUAUUUUUAAGUAUCAUCCCGAUCACAUACUUGUCCACCUAUUACGCCACGCAGAAGCAAAACGAGUUUACGUGCGCUCUAGGGGAGCCUCCCGACAAAACGAGCAGUUCAAGGUUGCUCAUCCGAGUGAACUGCAAACUGCCGUCAGUUCAGCUCCAACGCAUCAUUGCCGUGGUAGACAUUGCCCUCCUCUGUUUCAUGAACUUGAUUAUCCUCAUCAAUUUGAUCCACCUCUUUAUAGUCCGCAAAUCCAACUUCAUCUUCGACAAGCUGAACAAGGUCGGCAUCAAGACGAAAAAGCAGUGGCAGAAGUCCCAGUUCUGCGACAUCAAUAUCUUGGCUAUGUUUUGCAACGAGAACCGGGACCACAUCAAGUCGCUGAACCGCUUGGAUUUCAUCACCAACGAGAGCGAUCUGAUGUACGACAACGUUGUGCGCCAGCUGCUGGCGGCGCUCGCUCAGUCUAAUCACGAUGUCACCCCAACCGUGCGCGAUUCCGGGAUACAAACCAUCGACCCCAGCAUUGAUCCUGCGGACAUCGACCACAGCGAACCGCUGGUCAUUAAGCGACCCCGGAAGAAAAUGAAGUGGAUCCCGAGUUCCAAUCCUCUUCCUCAGCCGUUCAAAGAGCAGUUGGCUAUUAUGAAGGUUGAAAACAACAAGCCUGAGAAGCCCAAACCUGUGCGUCGGAAAACGGCAACGGACAGUUUGGUUGCCCCUUUGCUGGAGGCCAACUCGAAAAACUCUCAGCCGUCUUCAGCCCACAAAAAUGAAUCUGCCGCCCUCUCUGGCGCAGGCAACGAGAAGAAACAUACGCGACACUUCUCCUUAGACGUUCAUCCGUAUCUACUGAGCAGUAAGAAACCCAAGCCAGAGAUUCAACCUGUUACCUCUAUGGCAACAUCCAAAAGCCAAGGGAGUGGAUUUUUAAGCCAAGAAGAGAAAGUCAUCGUGCAUGUCGCAUCUUCUCUCAAAGGAUCUUCCGUUCCGGGGAAAGAUACCCUUUACUCUCACAACACAUGCAGGACUGUGCCUGCGGCCGGGACUUUUCUCACCUGCAAUCACAACCACAUAGCAACUUCCGGUGCUGCGAAAAAGGUCACUCUGCCCCACAUAAGCCCAGCAGAGCCAGUGCCUGCCUUAAACUGUAACGCCGCUCACCCUCUUCUGCAUAUCAAUACGUUGUAUGAAAACCAUGAAGAAGAAGAGGUGUCAAACCUUAUAGACGAGUCUUUAGACAAUAGUAUUCACUCGCCCACGGAGGCAGGAGACAUCAUCUCCAGACCUUCCACAAAGCAAGUCAUGUUGGCGACGUUUGAUGAGCCCCUGGCAAUGGUGAACUCUGUAGAGUAUUGACGGUCCAGAGCUGAUCUGAUCACAGCUGGAUGGCCCACCUCCCAGUGCCACUUUCACAUGAACCAUGCUGCCCUGCCAAUGCCACCCACUGCAUGAGCAUGGAGUGCUGAAAUGCAGACCAUUGGUUCCACCAGUACUCCAAAUCGGUCGUUCAGGGUAGUGUCGUUGUGUCUUAUCGAUAGCUUGCAAAAUGUAAUAACAAUAACCACCAUAAUAACGACAACCAAAUUAUAUACUAUGCUUGGAACACCGAGAAACAAAGCACAAAGACGUUAGCUGUAGCUUUAUGAGUUCUGUGUGGAUUACUACCACUAUCCAAAUAUUUAAAGUGCUUGAGCGCAUGCCACACAGUGUUUCUUAAACAAAGCACUUAUAGCCUUGGUACUUGAGCUCACUCUCUGUAAAGCGGGGGGGGGGGAGAGACCUGGAGCCCCUCAGAUGAUGCUGGACCACAACUCCCAUAAUCCCUCACUGUUGGCCACCUGGGCCAGGACUGACGGAGUCUUAAGAGCAUUUUGAGAGUCACAGGGCCCCCAUCUCCUGCGGUAAAGUAAUGAGGCACAUAAUAUGUAUGAUAUUUAUUCUUCCAUUUUAAAAGGCAGGAGUAACAUCGUGUUUUGUCUCUUAAGGUACAAAGAAACAAACAAAAAACACAGCCAGGUGUGUGUGUUCUUAACAACAUGGUUGUAAGCAAGCUGUAUUUUGGUCCACGGGCAUUGGGCAACCAGGGCUGGCCCUAAAAAAUUUGCCGCCUGAGGCAAAGGAGGAGAGUGCUCGCCACACACAUGCAUUCUGCAUACUGCAACAACAGGCCAGCAUCCUCCACCAUAUCUGAGGGCAGCAGGCUAGUUUAGCAGGUGCAAGCCAGGCUAACAGUGAACAGAGCUGCAUCCAUCUCACUCUGCCAAAUAGUUGGGCCGGCCCUGCCAGCCACUUAAGUGGCAACUGGUCUUCCACCAGCAUCACUGUAAAGAGAACUGAAACUGGCCAGCCUGCUGCACUUACAAAUGAGGAAACAAAGAGCUAUGUCCUGCCCUUUAGUACGUUCAUCUGUGUUGCGAGAGGUGACGAAAAUGAAGAGUUUAUUUUUUUAACGUCUAUUUUAUUGUGAAUGGGGGGUGAAUGUUGAGUCAGAUGUUCUAUUCUAGCAGAGCGGAGAGAGGAGGGUUGUCCUAUAGCUGCUUAUUUUUGUCCAUAGAAUGACGUCUGCAAAACCAGGUUAGAAACUUUCUAAGGUGCUUCACUGAUGUGAAGGAUAUUCCAGUGCUGCUAAAAAAAUAUCCAGUAAGAGCUAAUUUCUCCAAUGGUGUGGUGUUUCAGCAGAUGGUUACUUGAGUCUUUUUAAAGGACUUGUCUACGCUACAGCUUACCACAGGUCAAGAAAAUAUUGACUCAUCCAGCUUGUAAUGGUUUUGCGUCUGAACGUUUUGCUGCUUGAACCAUGGCUGAAUAAGGGCAGAUUCAAAUGUGCAUGAAAUACCAUGUGGUACAGACCUUCCACAACUGUAUCACUUCAAAUUGUAGGUGCAGGAUUGCAAGUUGGAACGAUUCUCCGUGCUUUUAAAAAUUGCCCGUGUAUGGAAAGCUUGCAUGCAUGGGAGAGGAAUGUCCGCACUGUUUUCUUUCAAAAGGGCUUCUUUUCCACAUGGCAGCGGGUGUGACUCAAACAUUAAAAUUCUUGUCUGCAGCGGCAUGGAUCAGAAAGGAAGGAUUGCUCAGCACACAGCUGAAGUGUGCCACAUAGGACCAUGUUCUGAUCUUAGCUUCUCACACCACCAUUUGCUAGUUUUGGUGUGCCCAGAGAGAAUGAUUUUACACAGGGAAGAAAGCUGCUCCUUUCUAUUGAAUGCUCUGCAUUCACAAUCCCUCUUGAGGAGAAGGAAAUUAAUAGCAGAUUCAAAUCAGCAAAUGUUGGUUGAGAAUACCCAAAGCAUUCAUGGAUAUCUGCUACUGCUACCCACUGCUUGUAGUUUAGUGUCUUCAAAAGUAGCCUUGAGCUGCUUCCUUCCAUCAUUUUCACAGGAUCUGCUUGUGAUUUUGAAAGGGUCCCCGCUUCGCCGUAGCGGGAAAGACCCGUUUCCCGUGGAGCUAAUCCCUCCAGAUCAGAGGGAAUCCGCCAUUACCGAUGGCGCCACCCCGGAAGUCCUUCCUUCCAUCAUUUUCACAGGAUCUGUUUUCCCCUUGGAAUGGAAACAGAUGCUACGAAAGGAUAUGGGAUAUUUUGGAGGUGGAGAGAAAGAGAAGAGGCCAGAAUCUCUGGAACUGCGCGACAGCAGAAAAUCCUCAUGCACAGCCAUGACAAGAAAUAAAUCGGCCUAUAGAAGAGCUCUUAGACAACACGUUUCGGCCUUUGUGUGGAAGAUAAUACAGGCCGAAAGCGGUGUCUGAACAGGGUUAAGUGUGAGCCAGCCAAAGGCAAGGUGGGACAAGAGGGCAAACUAGCUCUGAUGGCAAAAUAUCAGGUUCUGUCCCGUUACACCAGGUCUGGGGUGGGGAAUAUGGUUUAACAACAUAGUCAUAUUUAGCAAAUGACAUAAGCUUGGAUUUGCCAACCUGUGGCUCCCUAUCAAGAUGCUGUGAGUUAUAGUUCAACAUCUGGACUAGGUGAAAUCCAGCGCUGCUGUUCCACUUAUGGAAUGGCUCUUCUUCCAGUAGGUACCCCUUCUAAUAUAGGGGGUGGGUGAGGGGAAAUAAUGUUCUGUAAUUCCCCCGAUCCAGUUUCCAUGCUGUUCUGGAGGGCCCUGCAAUCCUCUGGGGCGUAUUUUCAGGGAGUGCCAAGGGCUGCAAGGGGAAAACAUUGGCAAGUAUCACCUUCCUUCCUUCUGAGUUAGCAAACCGAUCACCCAGAUGCUUUUACUCCGGACAGAUGCUGCAGGUCAGCUUCUGGUUAUGCCACUCCCAUGUUCAAUAUUCACCUGUGGUAAAGCAGUAGCGUAGAAAAGGCCGAUGUAGCAGAGCACUCAAGUAGCUUUAAAUGUUGGUGCAGCUUUGUUGAAAUCGAUGGGUUGCACCUUUGAAGAUAACACGGCGUGCCUGUAAGCACGUUGCUAUUCCAGGCCAUCUGUUAACGAGGGUAAUAAACAAGCAGUAAUAAACAUACUGUCAUUUUCAAGCAAUCUUUACCUUGCUUUUGGCCCAAAGUGCGUCCUCAUGGCCUGGUUCUUCCUAUAACUUUGAUGUGCAAGUUUCUUAGAAAUAUACCUAGCGUAGUUUUCAAAAGGCACACAGGAAAAACAUAGCACGCAAUAACUGACCAAUUUCUAAGGAGAGUUUUUAUUAAAGCAAUGUUAAGGCAAUAUCGAGGAUUUUGACAUUUCUGUAUAACGGUAGAAAACACUGCACAAAUUAUGGGUCUACAUUGAGUGUUUUUUUCAUUUGUUUUACCUCAGAUAAUCAAUAUGGCACCCGUAUUUAUUGAAAAAUAGCACUGAAAGCAAAUAAAUAUUCUCAAUACGG